CACUUUUCUCAUAAAAUAAUGUAGCCAGCAGUACUGAGUAAUCCAGGAAAGGUCGUAUAUAUACACAACAAACUUCAGACGGAAGCCUAUAGGAUAUGCCUUGAAUAGAUAUUAGAUCAAAAUGGUUCUCAAAAAGUUCACAUGGAAAUCAAUACUCCCAGGAUGUUUCAAAAGCGAGAGCUCAUCCUACCCAGAGCCAAAACAAAUAUGUUCCCAGAGACUAUCAAUAUCAGACUUUAGCAAUCCUGGUUCGCCAAUCUCAUUCAGUGACCUUUCCAGUUCUAUAUUUAACCUUCAUGUUUUCGCUCUGAAAGAGUUAAGAACAAUAACACAUGAGUUCUCAAAAAGCAAUUAUCUGGGGGAAGGUGGAUUUGGAGCUGUAUACAAAGGUUUCAUUGACGACAAGCUCAGGCCGGGAUUAAAGGCUCAGCCUGUGGCUGUCAAGGCAUUGGAUCCGGAUGGCUCUCAAGGACACAGAGAGUGGCUGGCUGAAGUCAUCUUUCUUGGGCAAUUGAAGCAUCGCCAUCUUGUGAACUUGAUCGGCUACUGCUGCGAGGAUGAGCAUCGGCUUCUUGUGUAUGAAUACGUAGAGCGAGGCAACCUAGAGGACAAACUAUUUUGCAGAUAUUCUGCAGCCUUGCCUUGGUUAACAAGACUAAAGAUUGCAGUUGGAGCAGCGAAAGGGCUUGCCUUCCUCCAUGAAGAAGAAAAACCAGUCAUAUAUCGUGAUUUUAAGGCUUCAAAUGUCUUGUUAGACUCGGACUAUAAUGCAAAGCUUUCAGAUUUUGGCCUGGCAACGGAUGGUCCUGAAGGAGAUGACACACACAUUACAACGUGUGUUAUGGGAACUGAAGGCUAUGCUGCUCCGGAAUACAUAAUGACAGGUCAUUUAACAACCAUGAGUGAUGUAUUCAGCUUCGGAGUGGUACUCUUAGAGCUUCUUACUGGUAGACGAUCCCUGGACAAGAACCUUCCGAAUAGAGAGCAGAACCUAGUAAAGUGGGCAAGACCGCAGUUGAAGGAUCCCCGUAAGCUAGAACAAAUCAUGGACCCAAGACUUGAAGGCCAGUAUUCGACCGAGGGUGCGAGAAAGGCAGCAGGAUUGGCUUACCAGUGUUUGAGUCACCAUUCCAAAUCAAGACCAACUAUGAGUACUGUUGUCAGGACCUUGGAGCAGUUACUUGACUUAACAGACACUCCAACUGGAACCUUUGUGUAUAUUGUUCCAACUGAAGGCAAAAUCCUUGGUGGUGUAGAAAAGAAGGGAAACGAAGGCAAAAAUGAAUAUGACGAGAUCAAAAACGGAAACAAAUGUGAAGGAAAGGAGGCGGGGAUUAAAAAGAAGGGCUGUGAACACAAUCAAAGAGGUCGCCGGCACAGACGUAGGGUGAAGUCAUUGAAGUAUAGAGCUGCGUAUUCCGAUACAGCUUUGUAUAAAACCUUAGGAACUGGUUUGUACUUUCCCAGGAACUAGAGGAAAUUCGCAAAUAGGCAUAGAUCAGCUUUACUGAUCAGCAUUCUGUACAUUUGGGUUACCUUCCUUUUUUUUACUCUUUUUUUUCUUCCCCGAGGGAGUUUCCAUGCAGGGGUGGUUUGGUGUGUGCUCAGGAUAUCUUGUACUCUCAUAAUUAUACAGGUUCACGCUUAAUAAUAUACUCG